AUGGAUGCUCAGAUCAUAGGAGCUUUACAUGAUUCUGAGGUAAUGGAAACAGGCGAGGAAGGUGGAGAUGUGGUGGCUGAGGAUGAUGAGGGUGGUGAUUUGUUAGGUGAAGAACUUUUGGAAAUGGAAGCAAGCCAUAAACAGUGCACGGAGGAAACUAGAGGACGGGAAGAUAUGGCAACUCGCGAGAAGCUGAAACAAUCAUCAUCGCAUAGAGGAGGAGGAAGAGCUCGGCUUCCUAUGGGGGUACAAAGUAAGAAGGGUGAAUUCCUUCGUCGAGGAUCACCAAGGGGACGCAGAGCCUCUUCUAAGGAUUUGUCAAACGCAGUAACACAACGGCCGGAAACUUCAAAGAGUUCAAACAGUACUC